ACACCCCUUGUCCAUACUUAUCCUCCGACCAUGUCCAGAACCUCAUAUGAUAGAUACCUGACUGUCUUCUCCCCAGAGGGACGACUGUACCAAGUCGAAUAUGCCUUCAAGGCCAUCACAGGCUCUGGCCAUACAGCGAUUGCUGUGAGAGGGAAGGACACUGCGGUCGUGAUUACGCAGAAGAAAGUACCCGACAAGCUCCUCGACGCCAGUACUAUAACACAUUUGUACAGUAUAACACCAACAAUAGGCUGCGUCAUGACUGGUCUUAUUGCGGAUUCACAGGCACAGGUUACCCGUGCCCGCUCAGAAGCAGCGGAAUUUCGACACAAGUACGGCUACGAGAUUACACCAGAUGCGCUUGCUAGACGUAUCGCGAAUAUCAAUCAGGUCUACACUCAACGCGCAGCUAUGCGGCCUCUGGGAACUUCGAUGAUUCUCAUUGGCAUCGAUCCGGAGUUCGGCCCCCAGUGCUUUAAGCUCGACCCUGCGGGUUACUUCGUCGGCUUCCAUGCUGCUUCCGCUGGACAGAAGCAACAAGAAGCCAUGAAUCACCUUGAGAAGAAGUGGAAGAAACUCGAUUCCGGCAAUGGUGGCGAGGACGCAGCGAAAGCUGGCAAGACACUCAAUCGGGCAGAGGUCAUCGAGAUGGCCAUCGAAGCGAUAUCGACCGUCCAUGCGACAGACUUCAAGCCGGGAGAGGUCGAAAUCGGCAUCGUCUCGGAUGCUGAGGGCGAGGACACCAAGACUCGCGGCAAGUGGCGUGUCAUGCCCGAGGAUGAAGUAGAGACGCACUUGCUGGCUUAUGCAGAGAAGGAUUAAUGACCUGUAUGUCUACGGAUUGUUUCACCGACACGCUCUCGGCCCUUGCGCUUUGGCACCGACGAACCGAUCUUUGAAUGGGUUUCACCGUGAGUUAACAUGACGCCA